AUGGCCCCACCCAAGAACACUCGCUUCAAACCACAACAAUCAGUACAUGCUCAGAGGUCAGUGCAAACUCAGAGAACUAUAGCUCAAAAUUCCGAGGUUUCAGCUAAUAAGGAAAAUGGAGGAAACACUAAUGGCAGAGGUAAUGCUAAUGGAGGAAAUGUAGAUAAUAUUGAUCCUCUAUUCAUAGCUAUGUUUGAUAGUCCUACUGCAUCUUUAGUUACUUCUAUUUUUACUGGAAGUAAUUUUGCAAGAUGGAGCAGAAAUAAAUGGAAAAGAGCUGAUUAUAUGGUGAUGAGUUGGAUCUUGAGUUAUAUGAAUUCUGAAUUAGCUGAUGCUUUUGGUUAUAUGGAGAAUUCUAUGGAAUUAUGGAGUGAGUUACAAGAGAGAUUUGGUCAAUCUAAGGGACCUUUGAUAUAUCAAUUGAAGAAAGAAAUUGAUGGUUUAAAACAAGAAAACAUGACUAUUGAUGCAUAUUAUGGCAAAAUCACGAGAUUGUGGGAUGAAUUGCAAAGUUUAAAGAUGAUGCUGGUUUGUAGUUGUGGUGCUUUGUACUUGCAAUUUCUUGAAGAAAUUACAAGAUCUUGA